AUGGACUUACCUGGUCGCGAGUGCGCGAUUUGCGCCCAUUACAUUCCCUUUGCCUACGAAGAUGAUCCGAAGAAGCGACAAGAAGAUGGAGAACCGGCCGUGGAUCAAGGCGCAGGAGAAGAUUGUCGUCCUCGGGAGUUUCCCCCAAAUGAGACUCUGCAGAUUUGCAGUAAGAACCAUGCGAUCGACGCAUGCUACUUUUGCCUCGACCAGUAUGUUAGCGUGGGGUUGGAUACCCGUGGGGCUGCGGCCUGCGGGGCAAUGGAUUGUCUUCAUCCUGACUGCGAUCACAAGUACACCUUCGAUGAAAUCAAGCAGAUCACAACUCCGGCGACAUUCUCGCGCUACGAUGAGCUUCUUACGCGCAAGGCUGUCACAGAGCAGCCAAACUUCCGCUGGUGUCUGCGUUCGGGCUGCGGCGCAGGUACCAUAUAUGACCCAGGCGAUUCCUUGUCUGAGUUGACCUGUCAGGACAUGGCCUUUGAGCUGUCCCUGGAGCUCACGCAGCAAGAGAGAUUGAUCACAUGCUCAGAAUGUGGCUUCGAGAUGUGCUUUGUGCACCAGGUCCCUUGGCGAACAAGACCUUCAACGGUGGCUCACCAAGGACAAGGCGCUCCUGGGCCAGUAUCCCCGGAGGGAUGCCAGGGUUGCAAAGACGACCUGCUCAAUCGAGGAGAAGAGACCAGUGAAGCAUGGAUCGCCAAGAACACGAAGGAAUGUCCUGGCCCACAGUGUAACGUAGAUUCAACCGAUCUCAUAGACUCGGCCGAGCGUGUCAUCCAGCGCGACCCCCCGGUGAGGCGGAUGAGGGACCGAUGCCGGGCUGGCUCACAGACGCCGACCUCGAGGACUUGUUUUCCGGGCAAGUACCGGAUCUUGAGGAUAUGGGAGGCCGAAGAAGGCCUCUCCCCUUUGAGGAGGAAGUUGUCAGGCAAGACCAGGGAAGAAGAACGGCCCAUGCACGCGCUCAAGCGCGCACACGACGGCAGCGACAAGCAAAUAAACAUGAACAAGCUUUUCAGCAGUCACGACCUGGACAAAACCAUCCUCGACCAUACCAUACCCAACAGCUAA